AUGGCGCCACCAGCCCGAAAGGCGCUGCAGAGCGAGCAGUUCAAGAUGGCGUCUCCCAGCUUGCGCGCACGUUUUCGUCCACGCGACAAGUAUCUGACUGAUGACGAAAUCCAAGCCCUUUUGGAGCAGAGUGAUGCUGAUUUGUCGGAUUGUGAUGACUCGGAGUGGCCCGUUAACGACGCCAGAGACUCGGAUACAUCAGAGGAAGAAAUCGACAGCUCCGAUGACAAUGGUCGCCCAGUCGGCCAGCCAUCAUCCCAACGGUGCUUGUGGAAAACAAAAGCGUUCAAAAGUGUGACCAUCCAAGAUAAUGCUGCAGAGAUGAGCACGGAGGAACCAAAGUCGCCGUACACUUAUUUCUCAAGAUAUUUCCCAGGGAACUUUUGGGAUGAAUGUGCACAUCAAACGAAGCUGUAUUCCGUUCAAGAAAGGGCGGGUAGAUCUGUGAAGACCAUUGCGAAAGAGCUUAGGACUUUUGCAGGCAUCCACAUUUUCAUGGGGAUACUGAAGAUACCACGGGUACGCAUGUACUGGUCGCACCUGCUGAGUGUGGACAUAAUUACGGACGCAAUGUCACGGGACAGGUUUUUCGAGCUACGAAGCCACCUACACUUUGCAGACAGGCUGUCCGUGACAGAAGAAGAAAAGAAAGAGAACAGGCUCUUCCUCGUCAAGCCAGUCAUCGAUUGUUUCAGGAAAGCGUGCCUUGAGCUUCCACGCUCAAAAGAACUGUGCGUAGACGAGCAGAUGAUCCCUUUUACUGGCAGGUGCUCCAUGCGCCAGUGCGUGCCAAGCAAACCCAACCCAGUUGGCCUAAAGAAUUUCGUGUUGGCCGCGUCUGAUGGUCUGGUUUUAGACUUUAUGAUAUACGUCGGGAAAGGGACAGUUCCUGAUGCAGACAUGAAAGAGCUCGGCCUUGGAGGAGGCGUCGUAAAAAGACUUGUUGAGACUAUCACCAGAGAUGAGGCAACAUUUCUCUUCACCGAUAGAUAUUUCACAGGAGUGAAAGUGGCUGAUUUUCUGCUUGACAACAACAUUUUCCUCACGGGGACCAUCAUGGCAAACCGUACCAACGGUGAAGCAGCAAGAAUGCCGAAUGACAGAUCAAUGAAGCGGGGUGAAUCACAUUGCAGAGUCCGGAGCGAUGACAAGCUCUGUCUAGUGAAAUGGAAAGACAACAAGUCAGUCCUUCUGUUGUCUACUGCCUUCGGCACUGUGCCAGAGGGUAAAUGCCGGAGGUGGUCAAAAGACGAAAAGAAGAGAGUCGAAGUCACACAGCCCGACAUUGUAGACAAAUACAACCAGCACAUGGGCGGAGUUGACCUCAUUGACCGCUAUGUUGCAUACUAUCGAAUCACUGUUCGCAGUAGGAAAUGGACGGUCCGCGUUUUCACAGACUUCCUGGACAUGGCAUGCUGCAACAGUUGGAUAGAGUACCAGAGGGACUGCGACAACGCCAUGGUUCUCAAAAAGGACAGACUGGAUCUGCUGCACUUCAAAGCAGUUAUAGCUAAUGUGCUCAUACAAGCAGAGUCUUCCACUGCAAGAGGGUCUCGAGAAAACGCACAAAUCGACCAAGAACCGACUGCAAAGAAGAGGACCAAGGUAAUUCCACUACCUCCGAAUGAAGUACGGUACGACAUGACCGGCCAUUUUCCUGAGCAUGUUAAGCUCAAGUUCCAGAUGAAGUGCCGAAAUCCUCAUUGCAACGGAAAAUCGAGAGUGAAAUGCACAAAAUGCCACGUUUUUCUUUGCCUACAGAACAAAAACUGUUUCCUGGACUUCCACAACCGUUAA